AUGUUCAAUUUAGAGCAAUUCUUGCUUAAUCCUAAAGAUGAACUACCAAGAUUACAUCUUGCAAAGAAAGCGGAACUCUUGACUAUCACCCAGAAAUGGCAAAUACCUUCAGAGUCCUCCUAUGUCAAAGCUAGAUUGAUAAGCGACAUCCUCCAAUUUCUAAUUGCAAAGAAUGUAGUUAAAGAGAGCGACGAAGAAGUAGAAGAAGUACGUUACCUGACCGGUGCGGUUGCUACCAGUAAAGAAGAUCCAGAAGUAACCAAGAUGAAACUACAAUUGGAAUUGGAAAAAUUGAAGAUACUCAAUGCACGAGAAGAAGAAGAAAGGGAAAUAAGAAAAGAUGAAAGAAGAAGAGAAGAAGAAGAAAGGGAAAUAAGAAAAGAUGAAAGAAGACGAGAAGCUGCAUUACAGGAAGUAGAACUCCAAAAGAAAUUAGCGGAAAUAGAAUUGUCGAAAACAAGAGAAACUGCUAACAUACAACUUAAAACCAAGGAAGAAGAACGCAAUCUUCCUGAAAAGUUCGACUUAGGCAAAGCAAAAAAGCUCAUUCCUACAUUUGAUGAAAAAGAACCCGAAGUAUUCUUCGACACUUUCGAGGAUACAGCCACCUCGCUCGAGUGGCCGGCAGAAACACUGGGUAAUGCUCAUUAG